ACGCUGGCGGUCAAAAAUAUGGAAGACGAUGUCAAUAUAUUCAACGACGCCUUUAAAACGAGAACGCACUGCACGACUCGUUCAGCAAUCAAUCUACAACGAGAACAAGAACAAGAACAAGAAACAGCAGAGGAAACCUCUGAGAGGCUGCAGGGGAUUUUAAAAAAAUUAAAAAAAAGUAACAUCCCUCCGUGGGAUUCAAACCACAGAUCACGCGACACAGGGUUGCAAAGUCAUCAAAUAGAAUUCUUUCUCUUGUGCCUUAAGGGGCUGUAGAUCUUUGAAGAAUUUUUUCUGUUGAAAUUCACAACGCGUCGAGGGUUCGAGUUGCAGGGGGUUAAGUGAGGAAGGUUUAGGGCCUUGCAAAUUAAUUGUCCAUGGGAAAUUGCUGCGGAUCUGGUGGCGGGUCGCAGAAGCCAAAGAAAGCGAAGAAGCCCAACCCCUUCGCCGCCGAUUACCCUAACUAUGCCGCUAAUAGCCCGGCCCGGGGCGGGGGAGGCGAACGGCGGUCUUCUGUUCUGAGGGACUGUGACGGGCAUGACAUAAACGGCAAAUAUGUGCUGGGAAGGGAGCUUGGGCGUGGUGAAUUUGGCAUUACGUACCUGUGCAGUGACAAGGAGACCGGAGACACCUUUGCCUGCAAGUCAAUUUCUAAGAAGAAGCUUAGAACGGCCAUCGAUAUCGAGGACGUGAGGCGCGAGGUGGAGAUUAUGAAGAAUCUGCCUCAACAUCCCAAUAUUGUGCAGCUCAAGGCUACCUAUGAGGAUGACCAUGCCGUGCAUUUGGUCAUGGAGCUCUGUGAAGGAGGGGAAUUGUUUGAUAGGAUUGUUGCCAGAGGCCAUUAUACUGAGCGGGCUGCUGCAGAGGUUACUAAGACGAUUGUAGAAGUCGUUCAGGUAUGCCACAAGCAUGGGGUGAUGCAUAGGGAUCUGAAGCCAGAGAAUUUUUUAUUUGCUAACAAGAAGGAACUUUCUCCUUUGAAGGCCAUUGAUUUUGGGCUCUCGGUAUUUUUUAAACCUGGUGAGCGAUUUACUGAAAUUGUUGGUAGUCCUUACUACAUGGCUCCUGAAGUUUUGAAGCGUAAUUAUGGACCAGAGGUGGAUGUGUGGAGUGCUGGGGUUAUUCUUUACAUUUUACUGUGUGGAGUACCACCGUUCUGGGCUGAAACGGAGCAAGGUGUUGCACAGGCCAUCAUUCGUUCUAAUUUAGAUUUCAAAAGAGAUCCAUGGCCAAAGAUUUCUGAUCAGGCCAAAAACCUUGUCAAACAGAUGCUACAACCAGAUCCUAAGCUACGGUUAACAGCUGAACAAGUUCUUGAGCAUACUUGGCUACAGAAUGCAAAGAAGGCUCCUAAUGUUAAUCUUGGGGAGACUGUCAGAAAUAGGCUCAAGCAAUUUUCUGUGAUGAAUAAAUUCAAGAAGAGAGCACUAAGGGUACUUGCAGAUCAUUUAUCUGUUGAAGAAGUGGCUGGUAUAAAAGAUAUGUUCGAGAUGAUGGACACAGAUAAAAAUGGUACCAUAUCCUUAGACGAGUUGAGAGCAGGUUUGAAUAAGCUUGGUUCACAUGUGGCUGAGGCAGAUAUUCAGAUGUUAAUGGAAGCUGCAGAUGUUGAUGGAAAUGGUGUACUAGAUUAUGGAGAAUUUGUUGCAGUUUCAAUUCAUUUGCAAAGGGUGGGCGGUGAUGAUCAUUUGCAAAAGGCAUUUGCAUACUUUGACAAGAACAACAGUGGAUAUAUUGAGACCGAGGAGCUUAGAGAAGCAAUGGUAGAUGAUUUGGGUUCAAAUGCCACGGAAGUGAUAAAUGAUAUUCUACGUGAAGUGGAUACAGAUAAGGAUGGCCGCAUUAGUUAUGAAGAGUUCGUAGCAAUGAUGAAAACUGGUACAGACUGGAGAAAAGCUUCACGACAGUAUUCACGUGAAAGGUUCAAUAGUCUAAGUAUUAGAUUGAUGAAGGAUGGAUCGCUGCCGAUGGGGAAUGCAGAUAAAAAGUAACAAUCACGCUGAAUGAAUGAAAGUGUAAUUCGAAGUUCAAGGAAUUUUGUUUUAUAGGAGCAUAUUUUCCAAAGGUUAAUUCUUUUAUAUUUUGGACUCAAAUACCAGGCGAUGUAGUGCUGCUUCUUUUUAUUGUAUAAUGAACCUGACCUGGUUAUGAGCACAUCUCGCAGAGGUUAUAUGAGUCCUAGCGCUAGCUGUGAAUUUCAAGUAUACUCUUUGAGACUAUUGGAAACUUCAUAUUAUGCUCAGCAAUUGAGGAGGGUGAUGGAAGUUGUGUUACAUGUGGAGGAUUUCCUGCUUUAAUGAGGAUUAGUCCAAAGCUUCAGAGACCAUUUGCUUAAGUUCUGGGAAAGUCUAUCGAGGAAGCUGAGUAAAGACAUAAUAUGUAGCAAUCCAGUAUAUCUCAUGUCAAAGGAUGUCUGAGUGACUUGGAUUUACUUGGCCUUUCAUUUGCUUUUCAAGUGGCCAAAACCUCCGCGUUAAUAAUUUCAGUGUAGUUUAUAAUUGGUGAUAAUUUUUUUAUUUUAUUUAGUUUGUGGUUUUGGACAAUGUUUUGAAUUGUAUUUUCACUCACCAGAGUCAGAAAUGGGAAAUGAUGACGACUUCACCAAUUGGCAAA